AUGAAUUCUUCUGACCACAUGAUUUCACUCUUCAAAUCUCUGGUAGACAUCUGGAUGUUCCACCUGAAGCUUGCACAUUGCUGCACAAAGAUCCGAGAUGCAUUGGUGUUUAUUACUCUGUGUCUUAUUGUCACGGCAUGUGCAGCAUCGACAUCAUCUAGUCCAACAACAGAGCAAGUAACAACAGCUACACCAACAACAACAGCAAAUGUAACAGGAACAACAACUUUUACAUCAACAAAUGAAAAUUCAACAACAUCACCAACAACAACAACACCAACAACAACACCAACAACAACAACACCAACAACAACAACAACAACGGCAUCAGAUCAAACAGAUACAACAGCAUCGACAUCAACAGAAACAAAGACGUCAACACCACCAUCGACAACAGCACAGGCAGUCGAAACUUCAAAUGCAUCAGAUACUAAAUCCACAUCAAUAACAACGACUCCUGACCUAAGUAGCACUACCACAAACAUCGAUGAAACGAGCACUCCAGCCGACACUGAUACCACAUCUGCCUCAGAAGCUACUGCGGAGCUCACUACCACAGAAAAUGCAAGUCAAGGUCCAGUGGUUCAACGACAGAAGAUGAAGAAACCGUAUGAGGGUAUCGAAGCUGUGGCCGGUGUCAGCAUAUCACUGAUUUGCUUGGUUAUGAUCGGAUUGGCCGUGUUCACAGCGCGCCUCGAAGCCGGGACUGCAAAGAUGGUUGACAGCAAGACUGCCACCAAAACCAAGAACAACACGGUCCCAAAACAGACUUUUCAGAAAAUGGACGAACAAUCUGCUGCGAAGCUAUGAGUUAUUAUGAUAUUAAGUAAUAAGAUCUGUGUGUGUCUGUCUGUGUUUAUUGCACUUUGAACAAUUUAUUUAAUACAACUGUAAAACAGUUUGUGAUUUUGUGAUGUUGCUGUAAAAAGAUGUCAUUAUUAUAUCCUUAGGUUCUUGUUUAAUAUCUGAAAGACAUGUUGAAUCGCAUUUGCUUUUGCUAAAACAGUUUGAACAAUAAAAUAAAUGUUAAAUAAACAGUAUGAUGAUAUUACGAUUAUUUAUUCAUGUAUAUGGGUAUGAUAUUUGAAACAAGUUUUAUGUUAAAGAAUGGAGUUUGUAUGACAACCUAGCACUUGUAAUAUGAUCGUUUAGUACAUUUGGCCUCUAAAUUACAUGUUAUACCAGUUGUUGCAUUCGCUUUAAGCUGGUUAAAUGACUCUGGUAUGGCUGAAACCCAACAACUUGAUGCGGAACCCACCUUAGUUACCUGUAUAUAAACUACUUGCCUAGGUUCCAAUCAGUGUAUCAGGAGACAUAUUUCAAGGUGCGUUAUUUAAACAUAAUACCACACAAUCGAAUGCACUUAUCUUAUCACUGAUUUGUAAUGGCAUGUUUGAACAUUGUGAUAGCAAUAAAUAUUGUUACGAGUA